AUGUUAUCGAAUCAACCAAUUAAAUUAUAUGAGAAAAUAAGACUUGUUCAUAUGCAUGUGGUACCAAAAAGUGUAAAAAUAUCAACUACAGCCGAAUAUGAAUUUCGUUAUUCCUUUUCAGCUAUCGAACGUUUAUUAGCACAAUCAAGAACGUCUAAACAACGAAUAUUGAAUGAAACUUAUACAACAGAAACAUUAGAUGAAACAUGCAAAAUUUUAGAAAAUAUUGAUUUAUUUGAAAUAAAUCAAACACCAUUAAAAAGAACCCCGUACGAUAUUGCCACUAACUGUUCGGAAGAUAUAAAACAAUGGAUUGGUAAAUUGAAUUUGAAAGAUGUUCAGAAUGCAAUUCAUGAUUUUACUAACUGGAAGUUGCAAUUAUUUUCCCAGCCAUUAUUUGUACGUAAUGCAAUUUAUGAGAUAAUAAUAGUAUUGAAUGCAUUGACUCUAUUGGAUGGUGAUCGAGAAGAAAAUAAUUUAUCAGUUUGGAAACGUUUAUUUUUGGAUACAGAUAAUGAUGAGAGAGAAGAUGGAAAUAUUGAAAAUAGACGAAGUGAAUGGUCAAUGCUGCAUCCGUCACAUAUAAUUGAUGGUCUAUCAUCAGCGGCAAUAUUUAUGAAAUGGAUGAAGGAUAUUGUUACAAGUGCGUCGAACUUAAAUUCAAUUAAAAAUUCAACCUUAGAUUUAUUCAUUCGAGUAUUACAUAUCAUGAAUAAAACAAAAAUAUUUAAGCUGAACAAAGGUGAGCGGAUUAGUUUGUUUUUACCAAAUGAUGUAAAUCCUUAUUAUCAACAAACACCAACAAGUCCAUCGAUUAUUGACGAUUCGCAUGCAAAUGGUGGCACACAACUGAUAAAUCUAAUUAAAAAAAUGUAUGAGAUUAGUACGAUACCACGAUCUAUAAUUUCAGCAAUAUCAAUGAUUUCAAUGAAGCUGGGCUCAUCUCGGAUCAGAGGUGUAACCUGUAUCAGAAAUGCGAUACCAGUACCGGUCACCGGUAUACAAACUUCGUACCGGUACCGCCUUGUCUUGACCAUAUUUUGCCUAAAUACAAAUAAUUUUUCCUUGUUUUUCCUUACUGUGAACUUUAUUUUAUGUUAUCAAAGGGAUCGAUAGAUUAACCGAUCGGCGUUUUUAUAAUUUGUACCGGUACCGUUUGCACCUCUGCGGCGGAUACAAUGCCAUUGAUACGACGGUUCCAUCUCUUGACACAAAAACUAGAUAGGUUUACAAAAUGAUUCACUCUUCUUUUGUAAUGAUCCAUUCGAACGUUCAAGGCGGACAGGCGUUUUACCCUCGAAAUCGAUUUAAGAUCACUUCUUAAUUCAGCUUUUGAUGCUGAAUAAGAAAAACAUACCUUGAACGUUGCGACUAGAAAUCCAAGUCGAAAAAUCUAACUUUUUCGAACAUCAUCGUUUUUUCGUAUUUUUACAGCCUUGGAGUUUUUUUAAUUUUUCGAACCGAUAAAACGAUCAGAACAACUCCAGACGCAUAUAUGAGCGAAUUGUAACUUUUCUGUACAAUUACAUUUUUUACGUAUUUUUACACUCAUUUCCGUUCCUAUGAACCGAUUUCUAACAGUUUUUUUUAUUCUCUUACCUACGUUUUGGCUCACACACCACAGAAAAUUUUGCAUUUUAUCAACUCACUGAGAUGUGUGGGUCGAAAGUCAAAAAUACCCAUUUUAUCGAUAACUCAUCCACGGAAAAUGGUUUUUUUUAAGGAAAGAAAGAAAAAUGAAAAAAAAAGUAGCACGUUUGGUAGAGCUAGCGAUUCUCUAUCCAACCAUAUGAUUUACUUCUGGUUUUGUUUACGUUUUCCUUCUCAUACAUGCACAAAACACUUUUACUCACAAAUGAAGCUACAAAUCAGAAACGGUUCACGCAAUUUAAGGAAACAUUUUUCAUAAAAAUAAAAUGACCAAAAGAUAGAGUGUAAAAAAUGGUUAAAGAAGUGUUUAUAGUUUUCGCGUAGAGUCUCUUUCGAAUAGCAAAAACAUGUGAAAACGAUUUUCCACGCACUUUGAAACUACCAAUUUUCCAAAUUGUUUCCUCUAUAAGUCUCACAGGACUGAUCCAAUUCCACUCAAACUUUUACCAUAAAUAGUUUACAGGAUCUUCUAGGAAUGACUGAAAUUUCAUCUUUGUAUCUUUCUAUUUUCUUAUGAAAUUUCACAUUAUACCGAAAUGAAGCUACACAAAUUUUUGAAGCUACCAAUAAACGUGAAAUGCCGUAGAUACAACGAAUUUCGAUCGAAACGUGAUUAGCUAGGUGACAAAAAUUGAGGUCUGUAAUUUACGACUGCAUAAGUCCAAGCAAUGAAGUCCAAGCUUUGAAAGACGUGUAGUUGCACAAAAUUCAAAAGUUCCUCAGCAUUUGUAGUUAGAUAACCAAAGUGAAAGUGCCUCAAGACAGGUUGUUAAAAAUAUCCAGUGUAUUGAUGCUUUGGCAUCUGUGGAACGUUUUUCCGUAAUACCGACGGUUACUGACCGGUCUAUAGAUCACCACUGCUUAACCGUAUCGUUCGGUAUAACUACUGGUUUAGUGACGAUGUUUUCUUCUACCGGCGGUUACCGCACGCUAUGUUUUCAGACCGUGGUACUAGAAAAAAGCGUCGGUAAACCGUUUUGACACAUUCGCCUAUUUGUUCUGCCGUUGGCAGUCUAUAUGCGAAACGCAGAAAAGUCAAACAGCUUUGAUUUCUUAAUUUAAAUUUAAAUUAAACUUUCUCUUUCAGAUUGUAGAGGCUCGUCGAAAUUUGCACUUCGACUUGAGUCAAGUUUUUCCCGUUCGCGUACCUCAUUGUGCUCCAUGCGCCCUGCAAAACACACAAAAAAAAGAAAGCUGAGAACUGGAUUCGAACUCUUGUACUGUUUGUUCCAACUAAUAAAAUACAGGUUGAUACCAGAGCGAUAACCGGAAAUAUGAGGUCGUCAUCAGAAUUUAGCAGGAUUAGUAAGUUCUUAAAAUCAUAUAUGCUUAACGAGUGAGUAGAACAAGUAACUGAGAAUGCAAUGGCUUGCUAUAACAUCGUAAGUUAGACCAGUGUCUUGGCUCUUUCUCAAAUAUGUGUUGCCUAAUAAUCAAACUGCUAAAAUACUCCAAAGCGUCCCGGUUGACUUAAGCUCUAAAAUAGAAAAAGAAUAUGUAAGUGUAUAAAUGAAACAGAAAAAAACAAAUAUUGGUGAUAUGUUCUAUCACAACGAAAUUAAUCAAAAAAACGUUGAUUUCAGUUGCUAAAAACUGUGAAUGAUAGCCGAUUUUUAACGGGAAAUGAUUGGUUUUAAUGCGCUUUUUUUCUCUGACAUAAAGACAUAGGCAGUGGAAUUUCAAAUCUUUGAACUGUUUGAAGCACACUCCGUGGCAGUCUAAAGAUUUCGGUCUACAUAUCACCUCAUAUUAAUUUCACAAAAAGCGAAAUAGUAAAAAAUGUAUUUAUUUCAAAAAGACGAAAAAAAAGUCAAAUAACGUG